AUGUCUAGAUGGACGGAAGAAUCACAGCCAGAGUCCUUUCCGGCGGCCAAGAAGAGCCCGAAAGACUCGAUCAAGUCGACUUGGCGUCAUCUGGACCGCAACAAGUGGUCUGUCUUCCACUGGCUCAUCGAACUGCUUGACAUCCACCCGACGUCCUUGGAAAAGGCGGUGCCGAUCCACAACAAGACAGACAAGAUGCCCUAUCUACCAGAGUGGUACACGCACCGUUGGGUGAUCAUACACGCACUGCUGCCGCUCGCUCUUCAUCAGCUCUUCAUCCUCUGCAUGCGUCGCAACCUCGCCCCGUUCGAGGUCCUCCUUCUCUACGGCGCCGCCUUCAAGCUCACGGCCAUUCGUGAGCUGCACCUUUUGCGCGAAAUCAGUCACCAAGUCGGCUUCCUCGAUGGCGAUGCACACGACCGCGACGGGGUUCCCAACAGCGGCGUCGCCAAGGUCAUCCUGUCCCUCCUCGCCACCUCGACUGGUCGCUCCGCCUUCACCGUUUUUCUCGGCUACCGAACCAGCGAAACACCGGUCGAUACGAGUUGGCUGCUGCUACCGCUCCAGAUAGGCCUCUACGGCAUCAUUUUGGACUUUUGGUUCUACUGGUACCACCGACUGAUGCACGAGAUUGGUCCCCUCUGGCGAUUCCAUCGCACCCACCACCUGACCAAGCACCCUAACCCGCUUCUGGCCCUCUACGCCGACACGGUCCAGGAGCUUUUCGACAUUGCCGCGAUUCCUCUCCUCACCUUUUCAUCCCUUCGCUGCCUCGGUCUCGAGCUCGGCUUCUACGAAUGGUGGGUCUGCCAUCAAUAUAUCGUUUUUGCCGAACUCGCCGGCCACAGCGGACUGCGCCUCCACACCACACCUCCGAGCACCCUCGCUUGGCUUCUCCGACUCGUCAAGGCUGAGCUCGUCAUCGAAGAUCAUGACAUCCAUCACCGACGCGGCUGGAGGAGGAGCGGUAAUUACGGCAAGCAGACGCGUCUGUGGGACCGCUUGUUCAGCACCUGUCUCGAUCGCAUCGAAUGCACGGAGCCGCUCGUCGACUACGCCAACCCCGUCACCUUUCCGAUUUUUUGA